UUUACAAGCCUGAGGCAGUCUCUCGGUUUCUGCCUUCAGUCUAUAGGAAGCUUGUGUCCGUCGAGGGCAGUGAGUCCUGAGAGAGAAGCCGCUGAGGAGGAACGACUAAAGGAGAAGAAAAGGAAAACCAUGGCUGUGAAUAAAUGCAUCAAAUACCUGCUCUUCUUCUUCAACCUUCUUUUCUGGGUGAGUGGUUGCAUCAUCCUGGGCGUGUCCAUCUACCUGAAAGUCAGCAAAGAUGGAAACCAGAUCACCAAUGAAUCUCUUCCUGGCAUCGACCUGAUGAUCGCCAUCGGGGUGAUCAUCAUGGUGCUCGGGUUCCUGGGCUGCUGCGGCGCCAUCAGAGAGAACCGCUGCAUGCUGCUGCUGUUCUUCAUCACCCUCCUCCUCAUCUUCAUCCUCCUGCUGGCGGCGGGAAUCCUGGGAGCCGUGGGCGAGAAGAAGGUUAAGGACUGGGUGAAGAAGCGUCUGGAGAAAUUCACCCCACUGUCAGAACAACCGGAGACUGUGAGGGAGGACCUGGAGAAACUGCAGCGGGAGCUCAAGUGUUGUGGUCUCGUGAACGGACCCUCAGACUGGACCCAGAUCCCCGAGUCCUGCCGCUGCAACAAGACCGAGCCCGACUGCAGCUCGUCGGCCCUCUACGAUGAGCCCUGCUCCAACAAAAUCAUCACUCUGAUGGAGAAAAACAUGGAGGUGGUGCUGGGAAUCGCCUUCGCCAUCGCCAUCCUGCUGAUUUUCGGCAUGGCCUUCGCCAUGAUCCUCUACUGUCAGAUCGGCAGGAAGGAUGGCGCCACCGGCACCACGACUAAUGCUUGAGGCCCCGUCCUCGUUACCAGGCAACAGCCAAUCAGCAGUGCCCGAGUGACCUACGCAACAUAAAACCUAACUUCAGUGCUACUGUACUUUAACCUGUGCUUUUAUUGUGAAGGAGCACGCUGAUAUUUUGGCUCAUUAAUACACAGCCUGUCAUUAAACUGUAUGGAUUUCAGCUAGUGCACAGGUUAAAUGUAUUUAUAUUUUGGGCAAAUAUUAUAUAAUAAAUAAUAAGUGCUAUGUGUGAAAAAUGUGAAAUAAAUAAAUGAUUUAAAUGUUUCCGAGAAAGAAAGUGAGGAGAUUUAAAUUAUCCAAAUAAAAGAUCAACAAGGGAGAAAAACAAA